GGUAGGGUAUGAAAUAUGAGGUCCAAAAACCUUACCAUUUCCAAUAUUUGGAUAAGAGAGAAAUCUAGUAACAUAAUUCCAUUGGACCUCAUUCACUUCACCAUCUUUUUGUCUUACCAAUUUCUCAAACUCUCACUCACAAUCCAAGAAAAUCAAGCUCUAAACAAAUCAACAAUCAAGAAAAACAUGGCAGCAACAAUGGCCACAAUGGCAAUUCUCAACACUAAAUGCUUAACCAACAGAAACAUCAACAACAAACAAUCCCCACCCACAAAACCAGUCUCCCUCGCCCCAUUAAUCAAACCGCUCAAACUCGACCAAACCCAAGUUCUAACCGGCACAGCAAUGGCCGGAGCAAUCUUCUCUACUCUAAGCUCAUGUGAUCCAGCUUUUGCAGCUCAACAGCUAGCGGACAUCGCCGAGGGUGACAACCGUGGACUAGCGCUUCUUCUACCGUUGAUUCCGGCCAUUGCAUGGGUUCUAUAUAACAUACUUCAACCGGCACUUAACCAGAUAAACAAAAUGAGACAGACUAAGGGUGUCAUCGUUGGGCUCGGGCUCGGCGGGUUGGCCGCCACGGGGAUGAUGGCGGCGGCACCGGAGGCGUCCGCGGUUGAGCAGAUUGCGGUGGUUGGUGAGGCGGUGAGUGAUAAUAGGGGUCAGCUUUUGUUGAUUGUUGUAACGCCCGCGAUUCUUUGGGUUCUUUAUAAUAUUCUACAACCGGCUUUGAACCAAAUCAAUAAGAUGAGAUCUGGAUGAUUUAUUUGUGAGUGAUAUAAUCGAAUUUGGUGUGAUUGAUUAUGGUAGAAAUUUACUUGUAAUUGCACCUUACUAUGGUAAUUAAAUGAAACUCUUUAUUUUGA